GCGAGCCUGAACACGCCGGCACUGACCAGCAUGCAGGCCUCUGCGGAGGCCAACUCGCUGGACAUUCAGGCCAUGCAGUCCAUGGACUGGCUGUUCAAGAAGGAGCGCAUAUACCUGCUCGCCCAGUUCUGGCAACAGAGGGCCACGUUAGCGGAGAAGGAAGUUUCUGCGUUAAAGGAGCAACUGGCCGCGGCAAACGAUGGGAAUUCGAAGACUGAGGGACACCAAUUGUCUCAGACUAUACAGGGAAGUGAUCAGCUGCAGGUACACGAUGCGAGCAACCCCAGGAGGACGCCGAACAGCAACCUGGAGCAGGAGCUGCAAGCGAAAGAUAAAGAGAUCAGCCAACUGGUCGAAGAAGUGUCCAGGUUACAACAGAGCCUGCAACGUCUUCAGGAGACCAGCGCGCAGGCGACGGUGAGGCUCGAGGAAGAACUCGAGGCCCGUAGACAGCACAUCAGCAGACUGGAGAGCAAACUCGAACGACAGAGGGACUAUGACGACCUGAAACGGGAGAUUAGCGCGCUGAGAUCGGUCGAUCUCUCGCAGAUCCCGACCGGCGAACCGGGCAAGAGCCUGGAGCACCUUCUAAUGGAACGCUCGAAGGCGCUUCAGCAAACAGAGAUCUUGAAGCCAUCGUCCAACACCCCGGACGCGCUCGGUGGACUAUCGUCACCCCUGCAGCGCGCUUCCACCGCAUCGCCCCACGGGGUCGGGGCUGUACCGCCUUCGUCCCACGUGUCCUCCCAGCAACCACCGCCGCCGCCCCCAGCAGCAGUUUCCCUCCCUCCGCGAUCCACUCCGACACCGUCUUCGGCGACCUCGACGACAUCCAGCCUCCUCUUCCCGCCUCCUCUCCAGAACGUCGAAACCUUCGGUUCCUUCCUCGGCGAAGAGAUCGUCGCUAACUGGAGGCGGACAUUGGAGAGAUCCAUCAUGAACCAACAGCAACAGCAGCAGCAAACAACAACAACAACAACAACAACAACAACAACAACAGCAGCAGCAGCAGCAGCAACAACAACAACAACAACAACAACAGCAACAACAGCAGCAGCAGCAGCAGCAACAACAACAGCAACACAAGCUCAACCGCUGAUCGGUCUGCAUCCUCCAACUAGUACCAGUAGUAUAAAUCAUCUUCCAUCGCCCACAGACCCAUCGUCCAGUUCCAAUACGCCAGCCAAAUCGAACACCCCAUUAGGAACCACUCCACUGAGUUGCCUUGACGUAGCCGAGAAGGCACCCACGCCGGUCUCAGGCCACGAAACGCCUGCACCACCCACGCCAUCGUCUACCACCGCGUUAACAUCACCACCGAGCUGUCAACCACCCACCACGAUGAUCGAAACGACUGCUUCCUCGGUGUCUAUCAACGGCGGCAGCAUGAUACCCGCUAUGCCCACUGCACCACCGCCAAAGAGUCCCGCGGACCAGGAAUCCUGUCACAACAACAAUAACAGUCAUCAUCUGGCGAACAAUAACAUCGGCGGCCUAAGUGUUCUGGACACCCUGAAGAGCCCGUUUCGGUUCGACGACAGGACGCAUCCAUUCAGAUUCGGCGAUGAGUUCGGAGCGGCCGGUAUGGCCGGACGACUCGGCGAAUCGUUGAUCCCGAAAGGCGAUCCAAUGGAAGCCAGACUCCAAGAGAUGCUAAGAUACAACAUGGACAAGUACGCGUCCCAGAAUUUGGACACUCUGCACAUAGCCAGGAGGGUCAGAGAGCUGCUGUCGAUACACAACAUUGGUCAAAGACUGUUUGCCAAAUACGUUCUCGGGCUCAGCCAAGGAACCGUCAGUGAACUGUUAAGCAAACCGAAGCCCUGGGACAAGCUCACAGAAAAAGGCCGCGACAGCUAUAGGAAGAUGCACGGUUGGGCUUGCGACGAGAACGCUGUAAUGCUGUUGAAAUCCCUGAUACCCAAGAAAGAGUAUGUUUCAGGCAAGGAGCAGGGAAUGCCAGCGUUCGCGCGCGGACCACAGGAAGGUGGUCCGCCGGAUAUGAGUGACGAAAGGUUGGCGCAUAUCCUCUCGGAAUCUGGCCAUCUACAGAUGAGAGGGGAGCACGAAAUGUCGAACGACGCGGACAGCAAAAGUCCGAGCAGAAUCGGUUGUCCGAGUCCGUUUAAUAAAGACAGGCUGGACAGUCAGAACAGGAGACUGAAGAAAUACGAGAACGAUGACAUUCCGCAGGAGAAGGUAGUCAGGAUCUACCACGAGGAGCUGGCCAAGCUGAUGGGCAGAAGGGUGGAGGAUCUUCGUGGCCCGCGAGAGUUCUCUUCCAGUGCGAUGUUUCCACACUUUUUCAGCGGUGGCCAAGGUGGACUUCCAGGCAUGGAGCGUACACAGGAAGACAUCAGAUUGGCCCUGGACGCAUAUCACCGUGAACUGCAGAAAUUGAACGCCACACCUGGUCAGACCCCGGCGCUGACUGGACUGCCAGGACUACCCGGACUACCGGGUCUCUUGGCGCUUCAGCAGCAAGCUCUUCAACAGCACCAUUUAGCCACUAACGGUGGCGGUGUUCAGGAUUUAAGUCUGGGGAAAGUGGACCCUAGAAACAAGAUGAUCAACGGUGUCUCGGAAGAGGAAAAAGAGAAGAUGGAGGAAGCUAUGAGACACGCGGGUAGCGCGUUCUCGUUGGUCAGGCCUAAACAAGAGACCACAGCGCCACAGUCGACCCCCAGUGGCUCAAGCGCGAGUUCACCACUUGGAAAUUCGAUUCUUCCACCCGCGAUGACGCCUAGUGAGGAAUUCUCUGGUGCGGCGGCGGCCAGUCCUCUCCAGAGGAUGGCAUCUAUCACGAAUAGUCUGAUCAGUCAACCGUCCACGCCAACUCAUCACUCGUCGAACCAGAGGCCACUGAAAGCAGUACUUCCUCCGAUCACCCAGCAGCAGUUCGACAUGUACAAUAACUUAAACACCGAGGAUAUUGUGAAGAGAGUGAAGGAACAAUUGUCCCAAUACUCAAUCUCUCAACGCCUGUUUGGUGAAUCCGUGCUGGGUCUUUCUCAGGGAUCCGUUUCCGAUCUGCUAGCGCGUCCGAAGCCCUGGCACAUGCUCACGCAGAAGGGACGCGAGCCGUUCAUUAGGAUGAAGAUGUUCCUCGAGGACGACAACGCCGUGCACAAGCUGGUAGCCAGCCAGUACAAGAUCGCCCCGGAGAAACUGAUGAGGACCGGCGGCUACGGUGGCCUGCCUCGUAAGUUUAACUCAGCUUGCGGGACGCCAAUGAAGCCUAUGCCGCCAACAAAACUGGUACAGGAACAGCUUCAGAACGCCGCGAAGGCACAGGCCGCGGCUCAAGCGGCUGCUCAGGCGGCAGCCCAGCAUCAGCAGGAGAACCAAAUGCAGCUUGGACCACCUCAACAGAGUCCUCAGCUUCCUCCACAUCCGCAACCACCGCCACCGAUGAUGCUGACUCCUCCGGGUCCUCUUCACCCUCAUGCGCAGCUCAGUAUGCAGGAGUUGCAGAAGAAACAGCAACAACAGCAACAGCAACAAAUCAAUCUUCACUCCCCGCAUCAUCAGAUGACACCAUCGCCCCUUCGUGGACUUCACCCGCACAUUUCACCCAGUGUAUACGAAAUGGCUGCGUUAACACAAGACCUGGACACGCAGACUAUCACGACCAAGAUCAAGGAAGCGUUACUGGCUAACAAUAUCGGCCAGAAGAUCUUUGGCGAAGCUGUUCUUGGCCUUUCCCAAGGAUCAGUUAGUGAAUUGUUGAGCAAACCGAAACCUUGGCACAUGCUCAGUAUAAAAGGCCGGGAACCCUUCAUCAGAAUGCAACUCUGGCUAUCGGACGCGCAUAAUGUUGAUCGAUUGCAGGCAUUGAAGAACGAACGAAGAGAGGCCAAUAAAAGACGGCGUAGCAGCGGUCCGGGUCACGACAACAGUUCAGACACAUCCAGCAAUGACACGGCCGAGUUCUACCACUAAGAGCAAAAAGAGGCCCUAAGGCUUGCGUUCGCCCUGGAUCCGUAUCCUAACGUGGCCACCAUCGAAUUCCUUGCCAGUGAACUGGCGCUGUCCUCAAGAACAAUAACAAACUGGUUCCACAAUCAUCGGAUGAGACUGAAACAGCAGACUCCGCACGGUCAGCCGGAGCCACAGUCCCCAAGGGAACCUGGCCAGCCGUUUGAUCCAGUUCAGUUCAGAUUGCUGUUAAACCAAAGACUACUGGAGAUCCAGAAGGAGAGAUUGGGCCUGGGCAACGUACCUCUACCUUAUUCUCCGUACUUCAACCCUAACCUCGCUGCCUUAGUGGGCAACGCGUUGAAAGAACAGUGUUCCGGUCUGGACCUGUCGAUGAACGCAUUGAAAAGGGAGCCGAAUCAGGAAUUCGAGGACGAAGACGUCGAGGAUGCUAUGAGCAAUCUCGGUAGCGAGGAUUCCGAGGGGUCAGCGGGUAGUAUAAAGAGGGAACCCGCGGAAACGCCCACUGCGCCGACCACCGUCAGAUCGAACAGAAGAAAACCUGCCGCUCCGCAAUGGGUGAACCCAGAGUGGCAAGAACCGCCUAGGACAGGUGACGAGGUGAUUAUCAACGGUGUAUGCGUGAUGCAAACAGACGAUUACGGGGUUAAGAGAGAGGCAGAGGAGACUGUUAGGGUCGAACCAACUCCAGUUCAGGAUAGAUACGAAGAGGACGCGCAGAGUGACGUUUCCUCCGUUUCUGGUAAUAACGGCCCGGACCGGGACAGUCCUCUGCCUAGUCCGAAGUCUGGACAGAACAGUCCAGCGACAUCACCCAGGCCGCCCUCCACGCAGCAAAUGCUGCAACAAUCCACAGAGGAGAGUCCCAAGGACAACGUGGUGAAACACGAACCUGAAGAAACGUGGGAUUAUUAA